CGUGGCUCGCAAUCUACCUCUUCCGGAGGACUUCGAUCCCGUCGACCACGACCACGCGUGGUUCGUCUCCCUCACGAGUUCUUCUUUGAUUCCACCGCCAAUUCGGAGGUCGCUUAGGGUUCUAAUCCCUUGUUCUUCGUUUCGUUGCUAGUUCCGGAGAGAUGAGAGGGGAACCGCAGAUGGGUUUGGACGAGGAGAAUAUUCCUAACGAUUCCGAUCCCCUUAUCCAGAGACAGAUUGAAGAAUCUUCACAGCCACCCGAGGGUUUGGACGAGAUCAAGGACGAGGAGGCUGACGCUGGUUCGUCUGCUUGUUGCCGCAUCUGCCUUGAGAACGAAUCCUUCCCAGGUGAUGAGUUGAUAUCUCCAUGCAUGUGCAAGGGCACCCAGCAAUUUGUCCACCGUUCAUGCCUUGAUCAUUGGCGUUCAGUGAAGGAAGGAUUUGCCUUCUCUCACUGCACGACAUGCAAGGCUCAAUUUCAUCUGCGAGUAGAGUUCCUGGAGGACUACCCAUGGCGUAAAAUAAAGUUCCGUGUUUUUGUAGCCAGAGAUGUCUUCCUUGUCUUCCUUGCCAUACAAACUGUCAUUGCUACCAUUGGUGGUUUUGUCUAUUUUUUGGACAAAAAUGGGGGCUUCAGGAAUUCAUUCAGUGACAGUUGGGACCGCAUUCUAUCGAAGCAUCCUGUACCCUUCUACUACUGCAUAGGUGUCUUGGUGUUCUUUGUGCUACUUGGGUUCUUUGGGCUGAUACUGCACUGCUCAUCCUUUGAUAGCAGUGAUCCCUGCAUGACUGGUUGCCGAAACUGCUGCUACGGGUGGGGAAUACUGGAUUGCUUCCCUGCUUCCAUGGAAGCGUGCUUCGCACUAGUAGUCAUAUUUGUCAUCGUGUUUGCCAUCCUAGGCAUUGCCUACGGUUUCCUUGCAGCUACCAUGGCCAUCCAGAGGAUUUGGCAGAGGCACUAUCACAUCCUCACCAAGAGGGAGCUCACAAAGGAAUAUGUGGUAGAGGACCUUCACGGGUAUUACACACCACCAAAAAUGGAUCCUGAGCAUGAAGAGCGCCUGAGGGUGCUCAAGCUUCUCUAGGCAAUUCUCUACUAACUAUACCUGUAAAAUGUAUUGUUAGCACUGGGGAACAAGUGACUUCUUUCUCCAAUGUGAUGGCCUUGUUCACAUUACAGGCAUGUAUAUCUCUGGCAUCUGUUGAUUUGGAGGACCGUGAAAGAACUUGUGACGGGAACCAGUGCUCAUUCGAUCAGGAGUCACCAAUUCCUCGUCCUCAGACUGCCUUAUUCGGUUUCAGGUAGUUUCUUUAGCACAAUUAAGAGCUUAAAAGCUUAAAUUUACAGACACUGCUUGUAAAAGUGAUAUUGAUCUUAGAUAUGUUCCAUAUGAACAAAUAUAUAAAUUUAUCGGAGAGAAAAUUGGUGAA